AACAUAAGCUUAUGUAUGUGGCUGCAAAUGAUUGUUGAGGUUACAGCACCUUAAUCUACCGGGUAGUUUACAUUUUCUAUUUAUGUGUUUAUAGAUAUUUACAAGUAAAUACAUAACAACGUUAUCAUGGAGAAAUUGUGUUCUCUUCCUUAUCUCGUUCUCGAAUGCCCGAAUAUCAAGAUCAAGAAACCAUCAUGGGUGCACCAACCUUCUCCCAAAACAAUGUUUGCAAUAGUUCUUGUAUCUUACUUUUUAGUAACUGGAGGAAUAAUCUAUGAUGUAAUUGUUGAGCCACCAAGUGUUGGAUCCACAACUGAUGAGCAUGGUCACUCGAGGCCUGUUGCAUUUAUGCCAUAUCGAGUAAAUGGCCAAUACAUAAUGGAAGGAUUGGCAUCAAGUUUUCUCUUCUCAAUGGGUGGUUUGGGUUUUAUUGUACUGGACCAUAUUCAUUCACCACUCACACCAAAACUGAACAGAUUAAUGAUCACUGCAGUAGGUUUUAUUUGUGUAUUGGUAUCAUUUUUCACAACAUUUAUAUUUAUGAGAAUGAAGUUGCCUGGAUAUUUACAAUCAUAAACAGGCUUGUCAUGUUAUUUUAAUAUCAACUAUUUGAGUAUAAGUCUAAUUAUGGCUAUACAAUAUAAAAAAUGAGAUUGUAACUUAACUAAAUAUCAAAUAUCACAUAUAAAUAAUAUAAUAUAAAAAAUUUCAUACUGUAGAGGUCUUGAACACGUUUUAUAUGGGCAGUAUUGUUGUUCUAUGAUUACAAACGAAUGCGGAAUGUGCUGUAAAGAAAUACCAUCAAAUAAAUAUAUGGCAAUUACACUACUAA